UAGCUGACAAAUCACAUUGUAAAAUAUAUUUAGGGGAAAGAUGUGAAUGACUCAUUUUCACUUAAAGGUCAAUGUUUAUCACGCCCUCGUUUUCUCAUUGGUUGUGAGUGGUGUUCCUCUUUCUCUAUGAGAGUAGUGUGAAUAGUAGGAGGGCCAUUCCCCUACGUGAAGAGUUAUCUAUCUUUGUUUUCCUUCAGUCACUCAGGAAAGUACCAGCCCGACCUGCCUCCUGUCCUGGACAGCUACAGAGGAACACAGAGCAGAACACAGACAUAAAGACGUCCUCAUCGGAUACAGACGCAACACACACACAGCAGUGUUCUGAGGUUUCACAGCAGAGGAAGCCAAGAGGACAAACACACACAGCGGCUCCAUCUCUCUCUCUUCCUGCACGCCCUCUGCUGCAUCUCAGGGGACUGAGGUUGCUCUACCCGUGCCUCUCUCCCCCCCCACGGCCGGACGUUGCAGAUUGAUGAUGCCGCAGCAGUCAAUGGAUCGCUGUGAGGUUUCAGAGAACUGCCACCAUCAUAGCCCGGGGCCCCAGGGGAGCCAGCGGCGCCUGGUCAGUGGACUCCUUCUCUGGGUCGGUCUUCUCACCGUCAGCCACGUGGUCUCCAUCACCCUACUCGUCAUCACCAGGCCACACGCACUGCCUCUGCCAGAAAUAGUUUCAGCUCCAAAACCCACAGCAGACUCAUCUCUGAGCAUACCCCUGGAGACACAAAGAGUGCCAUGGCAAAUGCUCACCUUUGAACCCACAAGUAUAGACGAUAAUGAUGUCUCGGUGGCGAGAAGUGGGAUCAAGUGGAAGACUCAGUCCAAGGCGAAUAAUUUUGUCUCCCUAAAGGGCGGAUCCCUGACCAUCAACCAGGAUGGUUGUUACUUCCUGUAUCUUCAGGUGACUCUGGAGACACCAGAGGUGUCUGGACAGCACAUAGUGAGAGUGAACAAGCCCAACAGAGUCCUGCUGGAAGUAAGGAUGACCAACACCUCCCUCAGCACAGGGUUCCUGGGCAGGGCUGUGGAUCUAGCAGCCUCUGACACCCUCACAGUCACUGUCUCCCCUGGUGCCAGGAUCAACACCAGCUACACCGCCACAUACCUGGGCAUCAUAGGUCCAAAAUUAUAUCUGUAGAUUCUAUUGGAUAUAGACACUCCUGUCUUCAUAGACACAUGCUGGGGGCUAGAACUGGGAGUCAUUUGGUAGGGGUUGAUUGAAUAGAUCCUGGGGAUCUGGAGUUAACUGGGAUCAACCCAUCAUCUCACCACCUGUCAGAGAGAUGGAGUAGUGGGGAAGAUCAUGUGGGAGACACGGUAUAUUUGACUGAAACUGAUUCAGUCCGACUCCCUGCUCAUCACAGAAGAUUAUUCCACUCCUUUAUCCUCUACCUAGCCUUCCAACUGGUUUUGAGCUGCAAAGAUUUUCUUUCCAGAAUUCUACAGAUUUUUUUUAUUUGAUUUUUAUUUAACUAGGCAAGUCAGUUAAGAACAAAUUCUUAUUUUCAAUGAGGGCCAACCAAAAUGCAAAAGGCCUCCUGCAGGGAAGGGGGAUUAUAAAUGAUAAUAUAAUAAUAAUAUAAUAUAAUAAUGCAUCUUGUAAUGUUGGAAAAAUAUGUUUAAAAGUAUUGGUCAUUUUGGGUUGUACUGUUACUUUAGCAUGUUUCUCUCUUGGAUGAAGUAGCACUGUUUUUAUCGCUCAGGAUUAUAGUUAGUAUGUUUUUCCAGUAAAUAUUGUUUUUUAAGCUUUGAAUGAGGGGAUUGUCUUAUCAAGUCAUGUACACAGGGUUGUUGAGAGAAUGCACAGUAUCACCAUAUCUUUAAUGUUUACUUUAAUAUUUGCGUAUUGCUUUGUAUUUAAAAUAUGAGUUUUUUACCUAUUUAUGUCUUAUUACAAUAUUAUCUUAUUAUUAUUUUCUUCUUAUUUAUUUUCUAUAUCUAUUUUGAAGGGCAUGUUGAGUAUGUUGUAGGAUGAGAUGUAGAGAUAAUCAAUGAAUGUAUGUAUGUCACUAACCAGGUUUCCAUUCAAUCGUUUUAUGCCAGUAAAGUACGUCUGGUAAAACAUUUAAUGACAGCCCUGAUGGAAACAGAAUGUUUCGGUAAACCUUCCAAAUGUAGACAAAACAAAGUACGCUACGGUAAAGUACGGUAAAACGGUAAAACACUGUAAAAAUACGGUAAAACACCUUCAUGCCCAAAUAUUGAUGUAAUAACCAUCAUAUCGAAGUAAACUUGGAGUCACGCCACUACGACUCGGGAAAGCAUGCAGUUUAUUGGCUACAGAUUAAAUACAUUAUGAUGAACUUUUCAAUAAAUAUCGAGGGUCUUCUUCUGGCGAUGAUGAUCGAUUCUUGGCUGCCUUUUGACAAAUACAAAUAAUAUUGCUCUUAUCCAAUAAUCGCAUUAUGUUGGUAUAUCAAAUGUAUUUAUAAAGCCCAGCUGAUAUCUGAAAGUGCUGUACAGAAACCCAGCCUGAAACCCCAAACAGCAAGCAAUGCAGAUGUAGAAGCACGGUGGCUAGGAAAUACUCCCUAGAAAGGUCAAAACCUAGGAAGAAACCUAGAGAGGAACCAGGCUAUGAGGGGUGGCCAGUCCUCUUCUGGCAGUGCCGGGUGGAGAUUAUAACAGCACAUGGCCAAGAUGUUAAUAAUCAAUAAUAAUCACAGUAGUUGUCGAGGGUGCAACAAGUCAGCACCUCAGGAGUAAAUGUCAGUUGGCUUUUCAUAGCCGAUCAUUAAGAGUAUCUCUACCACUCCUGCUGUCUCUAGAGAGUUGAAAACAGCAGGUCUGGGACAGGUAGCACGUCCUGUGAACAGGUCAGGGUUCCAUAGCCGCAGGCAGAACAGUUGAAACUUGAGCAGCAGCACGGCCAGGUGGACUGGGGUCAGCAAGGAGUCAUCAUGCCAGGUAGUCCUGUCCUAGGGCUCAGGUCCUCCGAGAGGGAGAGAGAAAGAGCGAAUUAGAGAGAGCACACUUAAAUUCACACAGGACACCCAAUAAGACAGGAGAAGUACUCCAGAUAUAAAAGACUGACCCUAGGCCCCCUAGACACAUAAACUACUGCAGCAUAAAUACUGGAGGCUGAGACAGGAGGGGUCAGGAGACACUGGCCCCAUCCGAUGAUACCCCCGGACAGGGCCAAACAGGCAGGAUAUAAUCCCACCCACUUUGCCAAAGCACAUAAAGUAUGUUUGAUGGAAACAUCUCUGGCGGGGGAAUGCACAUAUCGUUUUAGCAGAUUUGAGAAUAUUAGUAUGAAAAUCUAACGCAAAUUGGAUGGAAACCUACUUUAUAGCGCCAAAUAAACUAGGAUAAAAUGUACGUUGUUACUAAUUCCACAAGUGAAGUUCCCGCUGGAAAACAUGAAUGUAAUCUAUUAUAUUAAGAAAGCACUGGAUUUUUUUUUUCUCCAAACAAAUAAAUGAAGUAGAAUAAUUAAUAUAUGGCUUUUAUUUCACCUUCAAAUAUUGUUUGUUUGAAGCCAUAAUUACAGAAUAAUUACAGAAUCAUCAUUAUCACAAUCAUGACAUGUUGUGAAAUUAUAUAAGAGCACAUUUAAGUCUAAUUGUGUCAU